AUGGAUGUCAAGUUCGAAUUGGGAGCGCAUAACCCCGGUACAUAUCUCAAUGAAGACCAGCGAGACGUCCACGUUUGGUUCUCGGAGGCACAGGCUGGGCGUGGAAAGGGUAGGAGUAAAGCUCCCAAGCUCUUCCUUAACCUUUUCGCGGGGUGUUAUACCUUUGGGACUCUCACGAUCAAUGAUUUCUAUAUUAUCAUGAAGAUAUUGAAUGAGCACAACUUUUAUAACGUGAACAACCCUUGGCAAUACCGUGUUUCGCAAGGUGAAGAUCCCAGGAAGGAAGGAAUUCCUGAUAGGGAAUCCCUGACGGCGAGUGUCGUUCAUCCCAGUGAUACAAUUCUAGAACCUGGACAUUACUUUCUCUGCGAAUGGGACGAAGCGACAAAGGAGGCGUUGUCCGUCUCCAUGACACGAGUAGUAUACGCGACACCGAUAUGGGUUCGCAACACAGAUGUAGAGGCCGAGGGUGAUACCACACUAGCUAAAGCUCUUCUGCUGGCAACCCCAGAGAAGGUUUCGAAUCCCAAGAUAGUAAGAUCAGUAGCUCUGGUUGCUAAAAUUAAAGAGCGCGAUCUUGGGUGCCGUGUCACACUCUCAGUUAUACCGAAGCGUGAUCGCGGUGGCAACACUUGUGGCAAGGAGGUCGUGCACAUAUUUCCCGUGUGGGCUCAGAUACAGUGGGAAAGAUAUUGGUUAAGAUUAAAGGAUAAGGAUCUAGCGAGAUGGGCAAUCGAUGAGAUUGGACUCGAAAGACCAGAGAAUGCCAUGAUGAUGGAAUGCAACAUACACAGACAAUUCGAUAAAUAUGAGUGGAGUUUCAACCUUGAGAAAAAGUUCAUACGCUUCGAGAAGAGCGGUGCUCCCACUUUACCCUCGGAACUCAUUGGCACCAAACUCAAGGAUGUUUGGAUCCAUUCAAAGAAUAUCAACGAUAAUAGCGAACGGUCUGAGCGUAUGAGAGAGAACUGGAGCGACCUGACGGAUGACCAGAAGAAGCGCCGGGAGACUUAUGGAGACGUGGACUCUAGGUUGCUGUUUCACCACUUCCAGACUGCUAUCUUAAUGCAUGUUGCACAGGGAGGGAAGAGUAGGGACCGGCCCGCCUUAUAUCCACUGAAGAACCAGUGA